AUCACCUAUGUACCAGUGACGGGAAUGGAUGACUUUAACACAGAAGCUUUUGAAGAAUAGGCCUAUCCCUAUUGGCUUUUCGCUUUUCUCUGUUUUACUAACUUUAUGGCACUUGCAAACAAUUAAUUAAAGGAAAGAAACUGUACCCAAGGAUUAAUUUACAUCUGCUUGAAUAUUGAACAAUGUCAAGUCAUGGAAUUCUUUAUCUAAGCUCUGAGGACACAGAAGGCGGUUUCCGACAAAAACUAAUGACAUUUCUGCAUUCAGUGUGCAAAAUACUGUUGACAGGACCAAAAGUAUCAGGGAUACUGUAUCCCACUUUUAACAUUAGGCGAUGUGUUACAUGGUGAUUUAGGCAGAGGGUGAUUACAAAACUUAUGAAAUGGAAAUGAGUGUGAAUAUGUCAACAGAGAUACCACAUGUAUAUGAUUGGGAUUGGGAUGUUAAUAAUUAUCAAUCCCGUUAUCCGCCUGAUUAUUGGAAUCUAUGCCAACUCUUCAUGGUGCUAAACAAAACCAAAUACCCUGAGAUUCGUCUGGUUCAACUCACAGAUGCUUUUUUCAAUAAGGGGUUGUACCGUAUGGACUGUGACCCCAAGACAGAUCGUAUUGUGGCUGCUCUAUCCAUCCCCGUGGUUGAACAUCUGCUGAGUUCACAUCCUGGGUACAUUCACCACCCUUUCUCAAACCAAGAUUAUGAGAAUCGAUCAGAAGCAACAGAUGAAGUCAAGACGGGUGAAGAGAACAUUUUGAACUGCAACCUCAAGCUCUCUUGUUCCCAGUACAGGAAACUGGUCAAGGAGCGAAAGUUAGCGGAGGGGACAUGGAAAUCUAAAUCAGAAUGGCGGAAAUCUAAAGAUCUCGCUUCUCGUAAAAAGAAGAAUAAGUCUAAAAGUGUAAAGGUUGAAUCUGCGCAAAGCGAAACACCCAAAAUUGCUGGGGGGAUUGUCUUGGACAGUGCUUUGUCUAAGAAAGUGACACCACGAGUGAAGCGAACGAGAUGGGACCAGACCACUCCUACUGCCUCAACUGCCCGAGUAGGGAAGAGGGUCGAUGCAGGUGAGAACAAGCCCACCUUCAAGAAGCUCUUUGGACGCAAGAUGGCUGCUGUUCCUGAAGCAUUUCCGCAGGUAAGGUUCACAGAGGAACAGGCAGAGGCUCUAGAGGAACAGUUGGUCAGUGAGCUCUGUCUGGUAGAAGAAGGGACAAAGCUCCAGAUUCAGAAAACAUAUCUGGAAAGUGGAGCUUUGAUUUUGACCUGCAGCAACGAAGACACUGUUGACUGGCUGAAGACAAUCUCCCACAAGCUACGUGUUGGGGGUGAUGAGGAGGUGGUGGUCAAAGUUGGGAAUUACAAGGAUCUCCUGAAGACCACCAGGGUCCUCCUCAGAACCAACAACCGGUUAGCAAAGAGAGAGGCAAAGGAUUUGAUUAGGAUGAUCAAAACCCAGAAUAGUGGCCUGUCGGUGGAUGACUGGAGGAUCGUCAGCUGCAAGAGAGAGGAAGAGUGCCAGACCCUUGUUCUUGCAGUUGACGAGGCAUCAGUUCAGACACUGAAGGCUACAGGGUGGAGGCUGUUCCUAGGAUUGGAACAGGUACAGCUGAAGGUAUUGACCGGAGAUGCCAAGAAGGAGUCCUUGAGGCUAAUCUCUACAGCAAGGCUGCCUUCGCUUACCCCUGUUGCAGAUUCAGAGCGGAGAAGAUGGACAUAACCUUGAUUGAGCCGUGGAUCAGAAAUGGUUGCAUUUUUAGUGCUUAAUGGGGUUAAGAUUAAUGUCUAUUCGGGUGUAAAUAACCCUAACCUGUGUUCUGUUACAACCACCUUUCCGUUAGAUUGGUGUUAGAAUAAGAACCCAUAUCGGUCAUAGACUAACAGAUAUUUAUUGCCUGCAGGGUAAGAGAACAAUUGCUGAUUUGAUUUUUUUUCUUUUAUUGUCACUUCUAUAGCUACCCCUAUGUUCGCUGCCAACUAUCAAUCAACCCUCUUGUGCGCAUCAGGGCUUACAUCUAAAUAUAUAGUAAAUGAGUACCUAAGUGUAAAAACUGUAACAAUUGUUGAUAACAAUUUAUGUUGAAUUCAAUAUAAAUUUAGUAAAAUUGCUCAAGUAUCGGACAAUUUAGGUGGUUUAACAGUCCCCUCUACUUCGGUAGGGGUGUAUUAUCAGUUAAUAGAUCAGCUAUUGUACAAAAGUAAGCUAGUGGAACAGGAACGUUCAACAGAGGUUUAUGUUUUAGUUUUGUAUUAUAUUGUAUAGUUAUUUUUUACUUAUGUACUGUUUUGUACAAUGUGUAGUGUAAUAUAAAUAAUGCUUGUUUGAUUAAAAA